AUGACACAAUCCGUAUCACAUUUUGGAAGCUUUGAUCCAGAUAAAGAAAGUUUCGAGCAUUACAAGCAGCGUCUAGAAAACUUCCUUAGAUUGAAGAAUAUAUUCGAUGACAAAAAUCUCUGCGCGAAAGUUUUGUUGAAUUGCAUUGGUUCAAAAUAUUAUGAAUUAUUGACAUCACUGACUGCACCAAACUUGCCAACAGAGAGAACGUACGAACAAUUAAUGGAACUACUAGAAACUUACCUAUGUCCAAAACCAAAUGUAGUGGUACAGCAACAUCGGUUUCUCUCAUGCGUACAAAAGCCAGAAAACAAUAUAGCAGCAUAUGUCGCUGAAUUAAGAAAAUUUAUCAUUACUUGUGGAUUCAAUUGCGAAUGUGGAAGAUCUGUUGCAGAUUUAUUUCUACGUGCUCAAUUUAUUCGAGGACUUCGUGACACAACGAUUCGAGAAAAACUUCUACAGACAACCGACUUGACAUUCAAAAAGGCAGUGGAUACCGCUCUUGCUCUAGAAGCAUCAAAACUGGACAACCAUGAAAUAUCAGGAACACCAGCAGGGAAGAAGUCUUCAAUUGAAAAUGUGAAUCGCAUUUCAAAGUCCCGAGAUAAAUCAAGUAAGCGAGCUAGCCGAUCAAAUAACCGGAACAACCCUGGUAAAAGUCGCUCAAAUAGUCAAGCACGGUCUAAAAGCAGAAUCAAUUAUCGCGCCCUAGGAUUAGAAAAUGUAUGCAUUCGUUGUGGUCGUAACAACCACAAAACACAAGAUUGUCGCAUCAACUUCAAUAACUUAAAAUGUCACGCUUGUGAUAAAACAGGUCACGUAAAAAAGGUCUGCAUUUCGACAUUAAUGAAAUCAAAAAAUAGCGAUACACUUACGCUUGAGACGAACACUCAGGAAGAUAACAAGAAGCUCAACGAUACUAACAGCAUUCAAGAUUUCUACGGAAUCAACGAGGUAAUAGUUGAUAUUUAUGAAAAAUCGUCUGUGGAAGCAAAGAACACAAAGAAGUUCUACGCAGACAUAAAUAUCGAAGGGAAAGCACAAAGAUUUGAAGUAGACUCAGGAGCAGGAUUUACUCUUUUGCCAAAGAGCCAUUACGAUACUUUAAAUUUGUCAACACCGAUGCAUUCAACAAAAAUUCGUUUUCGUUCAUAUACAGGAGAAAUCUUUCAACCAUUAGGAGUUACAGAGGUCCCAAUUGAAUAUAAAGCAUCAAAAGCAAAAACAAAAGAAAUUAUGUUUAUUGUCGAAAGCGGCACUCCACUACUUGGCAGAACGUGGAUCCGGCAUUUAAGAAUUAAUUUACUCGAUCUAGAUAAAACUCACAUUCCAGAAUCUAUGUGUUCAGAAUCGAUUAAUUGCCUAAAUACACAUAAAGAUGACGUAAUCAAAAUCCUGCAACAAUUCAAUGAUAUUUUCGAACCGGAAGUAGGAUGCAUCCCAAAUUUCACCUGCUCAUUGAAACUACGGGAAGAAGCAAAACCCGUGUUCUUAAAAGCUCGUGAUGUUCCAUUUGCACUCCGAGAUAAAGUCGACACAGAAUUAGAUACAUUAGAAGCUCAAGGCAUUAUUUCAAAAAUUGAUUGCGUCGACUGGGGAUCACCUUUAGUAGUUAUUCCGAAGCCAGAUGGUUCUGUUCGGUUAUGUGUUGAUUAUAAAAUUGCAGUAAACCCCCAGCUAAAAGGAGCUCAUUAUCCGAUUCCAAGAAUUGACGAAAUUCUAAACAGUCUUAGAAAUGCAAAGUUUUUCUGCACACUUGACUUGUUCAAAGCAUACUUGCAUGUUGCAGUGGAUGAAGAAAGCAAGAUUAUUCAAACCAUAUCAACCCACCGAGGUACCUAUAAAAUGAAUCGGCUGUCUUUUGGAAUCAAAACAGCCCCCAGCGAAUUCCAUAGAAUCUUAGAUCAAAUUCUAAGUGAUCUCGACGGGAUAACCACUUAUUUCGACGACAUCGUAGUGAGUGGCUCAACAUACAUAGAAUGUAAACAGCGAUUAAUUGCUUGCCUGGAAAGACUGAAGAAAUAUAAUUUACAUUUGAAUCAAAAGAAAUGUCGAUUUUUCGAAAAGAAGAUUUCUUAUCUAGGAUACAUAAUAGAAGAAAACACAAUUUCGAAGUGCCCAAACAAAGUAAAAGCAAUUCUAGAAGCACCGAAACCUAAGAAUACUGAAGAUGUAAAAAUAUUUUUGGGAUUAAUUACGUACUAUUCCAGGUUUAUCCCAAAUGUGUCCACAAUUACAUACCCGAUUCGACAACUAUUACAGAAGGAAAAGAAUUUCUCUUGGUCAUCCAGCUGUGAGGCAGCAUUUAUUAAAUUAAAAGAAGAAAUUGCCAGUGACCGGGUAUUAAUGCCGUAUAAUCCUUCUCUCCCAGUCACAGUAGCAUGUGACGCGAGCCCAACAGGAAUCGCGGGAGUACUGUCACACAUUGUAGAAGGCAUAGAAAAACCAGUAGCUUUUGUAUCUCGUUCCCUUACGAGAGCCGAACAAAAUUACAGCCAGUUGGACAGGGAAGCCCUCGCCAUUAUAUUUGCAAUCCAGAAAUUCUAUCGGUACGUAUACGGACAACCGUUUACACUAAUAUCGGACAAUCGUCCUCUAACCAGAAUCUUCCAGCAUAAUACAAAACUGCCUGCGAUCACUUCCGCACGAUUACUGCGAUAUGCAACAUUUCUAAGCAAUUUCAAUUAUAAAGUAGAGCAUCGUAAAGCUGAGGACCAUGGUAACGUCGAUUAUUUGUCGCGCGCAUCAUUAGAAAUCAAGUCAACCGCACAGGAUGAAGAUGAAGAAAUCAACGACCAGAUAAUCAAUCAAAUAUCCACUACAGUUAUCACUAGCAAAACCAUCGCAGAAGAAACCAUAAAAGACGAAGAAUUAUCACAGCUAAAAGAAAACUUAGCAUCUGGAGAAACAUAUGAUCCAAUUUACAGCCUGCAUAAUGGUAUUAUCUUCCGAGGUCAUCGAAUCUUCAUUCCCACUUCAUUACGUCCAGAGAUCUUGAAAGAGCUGCACUAUACUCACCUUGGCAUUUCAAAAAUGAAGAAGUUAGCUAGGCGAUAUUGCUACUGGCGGAACAUCGAUAAAGAUAUCGAAGGGAUAGUACGUUCAUGUCUAGAAUGUACGAAAGGACAAAAUAAUCCUCGAAAGGCUCCACUCCACCAUUGGGAAGAGCCCGAGUCCAACUUCCAGCGUGUUCACAUAGAUUACGCCGGACCAUUUCAAGGUCAUCAGUUCCUUGUUCUUGUUGACGCCAAAUCUAAAUGGCCGGAAGUUAGAAUCACAAAAGGAACCCCAACGUCUGUUUCAACUAUCCGUUUUCUAGAAAAUAUUUUUAGCUCACAUGGAACACCUGAAGUCUUGGUAUCCGACAACGCGACAAUAUUCAAAAGUGAGGAAUUUACACAAUUCUGUCAAAGAAAUGGCAUCUUUCAAAAAUUCAUUGCCCCAGGACAUCCAGCAACUAACGGGUUAGCAGAAAGGUACGUUCAAAUUCUCAAGAAGAAGUUGAAAGCAAUGGAAUCCGAUCCAAGUACAAUGACUUCAAAAGUAGAAAACAUUCUAUAUCGUUUCCGAGCCACACCAUUACACUGUGGUAAAAGUCCAUCGGAGAUUUAUCUAAACAGGCAAAUUCGAACAAGUCUAGAUUUAUUACGCCCUCCGAGCAUAAGGUCGACGUCCACUCAAGAAUGUCAUGUAAGUCAAUUAAGCGUGGGAGACAGAGUACAGUCUCGAGCAUACAGUGGAACUCAACGAUGGAAACUUGGCGUAGUCACGAAAAAGUUAGGUCGACUACAUUAUUUGAUACAUUUAGACGAAGGAUAUCUCAUCAAGAGACACAUUAAUCAGCUACGUCAGAGUGAAGUCCCUAAGGAAAAACCUGAAAGGAAAUCAGUCCAUUUUGGUCCAGUAACCAGGAACUGGUACCCAUUACUAGACAACAUACCAGAGCCCCAACCAAGAACUGAAGAGCAGCCCCUCCAGGUACAAGCCCCAGAGAAGGACCCUGUUCCGGCAGCGCAAAAUAUUCAGACACCAAUCGGAGAAAGUGCCAUAAGGGAAAGCCAGAACCAAGAUCCACCACUUCGCAGAUCUGAGAGGAUCCGUAAACCUCCGACAUAUUUAGACAGUUUUGUUCCCAAAUGA